UUCAGGAACUGAUGACAAGAGACCAAAUGUUAUAACAAAAGAUGCUUCCAUUGUUGUUAUCACUCAAUUCCAGAGGUUUUAGAAGCAGUGAGCCAGGAACCAUGGAUGAAGACCAGAUAUAUAUGAGAAAUAUAUUUUGGUCACUUGAAUGAAUAAAUAUAUAUGUCAAAAACCAAACUGUACACAGAAUAAAACAAAGUAGAAAGACGAGUUUAUUGACCUGCAAGCUGGGAAACUCAAGGCUACAGGAGCUGGUGACUGAGCCAGGGGAACAAGGAAGUCCAAAGAUGACGUGAGCAGACUUGGUGUUUGAAGAUUGGCUGGCAUCCGGGGGUUGACUGGCAUCCUCUGCUGAUUUCUGAGAAAAGCUGCAAAUUCCUGAGAAUUAUGUUAGGAAGCAGAAUGUGCCUACACACUCUUUGUCAUUGCCACAUUUUGGCUUACAGAAGCUUUGCCUCUGUCAGUAACAGCUUUGCUGCCUGGUUUAAUGUUUCCAUUGUUUGGGAUCAUGCCUUCUAAGAACGUGGCAUCUGCUUAUUUCAAAGAUUUUCAUCUACUGCUAAUUGGAGUCAUCUGCUUAGCAACAUCAAUAGAAAAAUGGAAUUUACACAAAAGGAUCGCUCUGAGAAUGGUGAUGACAGUGGGUGUGAACCCAGCAUGGCUGACAUUGGGGUUCAUGAGCAGUACCGCCUUUUUAUCUAUGUGGCUUAGCAACACCUCAACUGCUGCCAUGGUGAUGCCCAUCGUGGAGGCUGUGGCACAGCAAAUCAUCAGUGCUGAAGCAGAGGUCGAGGCCACUCAGAUGACUUAUUUCAGUGGAUCAACCAACCAUGGACUGGAAAUUGAUGAAAGUGUUAAUGAACAUGAAACAAACGAGAGGAAAGAGAAGACAAUACCAGUUCCAGGAUACAGUAAUGAUGCAGGGAAAAAUUCAAGCAAUAUGGAGCUGGAAAAGAAUUCAGGCACAGGAGCCAAGUAUCGAACAAAGAAGGACCACAUGAUGUGUAAACUUAUGUGCUUGUGUAUUGCUUACUCUUCCACCAUCGGUGGACUGACAACGAUCACUGGUACUUCCACCAACCUGAUCUUCGCUGAGCAUUUCAAUAUGCGUUACCCUGAAUGUCGUUGCAUUAACUUUGGAUCCUGGUUUAUGCUUUCCUUCCCGGCAGCUAUUAUUAUUCUAUUCUUGUCCUGGAUCUGGCUUCAGUGGCUUUUCCUAGGAUUCAAUUUUAAGGAGAUGUUCAAAUGUGGCAAGACCAAAACAGUCAAGCAAAAAGCCUGUGCUGAGGUGAUUAAACAAGAAUACCAAAAACUUGGGCCAAUAAGGUAUCAGGAAAUUGUGACCUUGGUCCUCUUCAUUGUGAUGGCUCUGCUAUGGUUUAGCCGAGAUCCUGGGUUUGUUCCCGGUUGGUCUGCACUUUUUUCCAAGUAUCCUGGUUUUGCUACAGAUUCAACUGUUGCCUUACUUAUAGGACUUCUAUUCUUUCUUAUCCCAGCUAAGAGAUUGACUAAAACUACACCUACAGGAGAAAUUGUUGCUUUUGAUUAUUCUCCACUGAUUACUUGGAAAGAAUUCCAGUCAUUCAUGCCCUGGGAUAUAGCCAUCCUUGUUGGUGGAGGGUUUGCCUUGGCAGAUGGCUGUGAGGAAUCAGGACUAUCUAAGUGGAUAGGAAAUAAAUUAUCUCCUCUAGGUUCAUUACCAGUAUGGCUAAUAAUUCUGAUAUCUUCUUUGCUUGUCACAUCUCUAACAGAGGUAGCCAGCAAUCCAGCUACCAUUACCCUUCUUCUCCCGAUAUUAUCUUCACUGGCUGAAGCCAUUCAAGUGAACCCUCUUUAUAUUUUGAUACCUUCUACUCUGUGUACUUCAUUUGCAUUCCUCCUACCAGUAGCAAAUCCACCCAAUGCUAUUGUUUUUUCAUACGGCCAUCUAAAAGUAAUUGACAUGGUUAAAGCUGGACUUGGUGUUAACAUCGUGGGUGUCGCUGUGGUGAUGCUUGGCAUGUCCACCUGGAUUGUGACUCUGUUUGACCUGUCUACUUACCCUUCUUGGGCUCCUCCAAUUAGUAAUGCGACCAUGCCAUGACAAGCAUGAACAUUAUAACUAUCCUGUGACUGGGCCUCUAGGUUUUUUGAUCUGCUUGGGUGCCUGCCCUGCUCUCCCCAGAAAGCUUCAUUAUAUAUGAUGAAACAAAGAUAUCACAAGGUUUUUCUGGUUCCCGAGCUAGCCUUCCCACCCCAUGGAAGGAAAAGGUGGAACCAUCCCACCAUGGAAGGAAAAAAAGAAGAAAAAUACUUAAAUCUCAAUUUUACCUUAGCAGCAACAGGCACAGGGCCUUAGUCUUUUGCCCUGCCAGAGCAAACUGCUUUUCAAAUCUGAAAGUAAUGAGGAGAGUCCUGAAUUUGUCUUACUUUCUGGGUAUAAACCCUAUAUCUAAAAGUUACUCUCUUGUGAUGCUGAAUUAGUCAUUUACUCUCCCUUAUCCUCAAUUUCCUCAAUUCAAAAAAAUAAAUUUAUUAA